CGGAAUCCAUAAGUCACCUGACAUAGUGGUGAUUCUCGAGCCUCUCGGAAGUAUUUGUUGGAGAAGUAUCUUGAACAAAUGGACUAACAGUUGCCAAAGUUAUUACUGCUUACAAUUUAAGUUGGGAACUACUAAUAUUAUCGUAAUGAUAAGUGCUUAGUUUAAGUCGCUAUUUGAUUCUUUAAACGAUGGUUUCGUGUUUAUUUUGCGGUCCAAAGUUGGCCGCCUGCGGUAUUGUCAUUAGUAUCUGGGGAGUCAUAAUGUUGGCAAUGUUGGGUAUUUUCUUCACCACCCAUUCUGCUGUGCUGAUUGAGGAUGUUCCUUUUAAUGAUGACGACAUGCACAAUGAUCAAAAUCCUCCACAGACCAUCUACGAGCUGUACAACAAGGUCGGCUACAACUGUUUCAUCGCAGCUGGUGUCUAUGUGCUGGUGGCCGCUCUCUCCUUCUGCCAGAUCAAGCUGAACAAGCGCAAGGAGUACAUGGUCCACUAGCACCAUCUGCUGAACUGGAGGGCCUCAACACUUGUCUGGAGAAAAGUGUGUGGUGUUGGUCCAAAUUAAUGGUAGUGUUUAUUGUGUAACUGCUUAAGACUUUAAGCCUGUACUUGUACAUUUUACUUAAUGGAAAUAUCUGGGAUUAAUGCAUUGGCAGGAUAGUUUCCACCUCUAUUAAAUCAAAAUGUGAGUUACCAUACUCCUUUCGUCCUCUCUUUGAUGGUCUGAGGGAAGGACCAAAGGAGUAGGUAAUUUAUAUUCUCCUCAUUGUGCACACAAAAAGAUUGUAGAAAUGCAAAUAUGGAACUCUGAGCUACUCUAAUUUCUGAUUGCAAGUCAGCCCAUGUCCGUGUGGACUGUUUGUGUUAAUUACAAACACUGCUGUUAUUUAUGUACUAAAAUCAAAUCACGUUUUUAUUAUAGCCACUCCCUGUUCAUUUCCUGUGCCUGUCAAAUUAUUUUGUUGUUAUAAGCCAGAUUGAUGCCUUAGCCUGUUUGGAAGCUGCUAGAAUAUUCUUGCUGAAUCUACUGUGUCUCAGUAUGUUCUGUAUCUCUGCCUUCCCAUUGAAAAGGUGGCUAUAGUUUUCUAUCAGAUAUAGAUAACUUACGGUUGGCAACAAUAAUCAUGUUAUAAAAUCUAAUUGAAAAGAA